ACGACACAAUAAGUCCAAAACAAUUAACCACACAAAUACAAAAUGAAUAAAAUGUCGUUCUUUGGUUAUAGUUUCAUCGUAGUCGCAUUAUUCUCCGAUUUAACUCAAGCCUAUCGUCACACUCCUGCUCAACCGCCAAAAGCAAACGCAAAUGGUGAUGUCAAGCCGCAAGAAACGCUCGCGGUUCACAACAAGGCCCGAGCCAUGGUCGGAGUCGGACCAAUGGUGUGGAACGAAACUCUUGCGACUUAUGCACAAAACUAUGCACACGAAAGAGCCAGAGACUGUGCCAUGAAGCAUUCCUCGGGACCAUUCGGCGAAAAUCUAGCCGCGGGUUGGGGAACAAUGAGCGGUCCGGUUGCGACUGAGUAUUGGAUGACGGAGAAGGAAAAUUACGAUUAUGACAGUAACACGUGUGGUGGUGGUGAUGGUGUGUGUGGACACUACACUCAGAUCGUUGUGGCGUGACUCGGUUCGACUCGGUUGCGGCUCGGUGAGGUGUAAGAAUGAUGAGUAUAUUUGGGUGAUUUGUAGCUAUGAUCCUCCGGGGAAUUACAUAGGUCAACGUCCGUAUUAAUGAUUGGAUCAUUUUAUACCAAAUUAUAAAAUCUUACUACGGUC